AUGGCUGAGCGAAUCUUAAUGAAUGAAUACAAGAGUCUGCAGAAAGAGAGAUGGGUCCACGUUGCAGUCAGUCAACCCCCUAUUGUCAACGGAGUCAAUAGAUUCAGGCACAUUCUGCACUUGGUGAUCAACGAUCUAACCGAAAUGCAGUUACACAAUGACGACAUCUUUCAAUGGGAUAUCGCCUUAAUCGUCGUCAACCCGGACUCCAUGUACUAUGGCGGUUACUUCAAAGCGGUAAUGAGGUUCCCCUCAAAUUACCCUUAUGUCCCGCCGAAGUUCCAAUUCCUCAAACCUCUCCACCACCCCAACAUAUACCCCGACGGCAAGUUAUGCAUUUCUAUCCUCCACGCGCCCGGCGACGAUGAAAUGUCCGGCGAAUUGGCCUCCGAACGCUGGUCCCCCGCCCAGCGCGUCGAGUCCGUCUUGAUCUCUAUACUUUCCUUACUUGACGAUGCGGAGUGCUCCUCCCCAGCCAACGUUGAUGCUGCCGUCCUCUUGCGCAACGAACCUGAGGUCUAUCGCCGGCUCGUCAAGGCCGAUGUGGAGAAAUCCAGACUGGACAUUCCCGAGGGCUUUGAAAUGCCUACCCACGCAGCCAUGGCCUCUGAGCCCAUGGAGAAAGAGGACCACGACUUCUGGGCCGAUAGCGAUGUCGACAGCGAUGUGUUUGGGGGAAGUGACUCGGACGAUAAUCUCGACAUGGAAGAAUCAAGUGGUGAGGACAUGGAGGAUGAGUCCGCCGACGAUUCUUCCGAUACUGAGGAAACCCCACGCAAGCCACGGGCGAAUGAGUAG